AUGGGAAGAAAGACUUUGGACGCCGAUGAAUCGUUGAUGGAUACUAGCGUGGCGAAUGAGACCCUCGGCGAACCUUCGACGGAAAAGGACGUUUACACUGAUCAAUGCGCUUUGGUAAACGCUAUUGCAUCUCCCUUGGCAAAUCGUAAAUUGGCCAAGAAAGUCUACAAAUUGAUCAAAAAGUCGACUGCAGAGAAAAACUUUCUAAAAAAAGGUAUGGCUGAUGUGGCAAAAGCUAUCAGGAAAGAUGAGAAAGGAAUUGUUGUUUUGGCUGGUAACGUCACUCCAAUUGACAUCUACUCUCACAUCCCAGGAUACUGUGAAGACAAAGAAAUUCCAUACGUCUUUUUACCAUCAAGAGAAAGCCUCGGAUUGGCAACGGGAUAUCGACGUUCGGCUAUCAUUCUCCUUAUCAAGUCACACAACAGUUAUAAGGAUCUCUACGAUGAAGUGUACGAAGCGACAAAUGCACUUUACCCAGAAGCUAAACAG